AUGCAUCCUCAAUUAGAAGCCGAAAGAUUUCAUUCAUGUUACGAUUUUAUUCAGGCUCUGGAUAAAUGCCAUCAAAAGGCUUAUUACAAGAGAAUUCUUGGAAUUUGUAAUAAUGAGAAAGAAGCACUAUCACAAUGUUUAAAACAGGCUAGUAUGGAAAAUAAGAAGAGAGCAAUUAUUAAAAGUAAAUCUAAACGUAGUAUCAUUGAAGAUAAAUGGAAAGAGAUAGAUGAACAGGAAUAUGGUGAAGAUAAGGUGCUUGAAAUAUUGAUGCAAAGAAUGAAAGACAAGAAGAUUAAUAAGCCAACUACAGACAGUGACUCUCAUUAA